CGGAGGUGGGAGGCUGCGCGGCGUCGCUGGCGCGCCCAGGCCUGGAGUAAAAGGAUACAUGUUUGCUUUCAGUAAAGAAGAGCAUGUUCCCAAAUUCCUCCAACUUGGGUCGUCCAUCCUUCCCUCCAAAACAUCAGCAACACAGUAGCUUCUUCAAUAAGCUUCCUCUAAACAUACCACCUGCUCUUCUCUCACACCAGCAAAUUGUUGAUGCUCAGUUUAACAUUCAGAAUGCAGCUCUUUCUAGGGCUCUGUUGAGUGGGAACCUUGCAACUCUUCCAACUGUUACACCUCAGCCAUUGACUUAUGGAAAUGGCAGUUCAGUACGUACAUCUGUUGCGCCUACGUCAUUUCGAGGAAGAAAGAGACUAAGUGAACAAAGCGUUCCAUACGACGUUAAACGGCAGCGGUUUCAUUCACCUCAUCGCGAAGCAACUGUAGUUAACCAAACAGUGCCUUUAGCAGAAGACCGUAGAUACUCCUUCCCAGGAUCCUCUCCAUCUCAACCGUUCCCUGCACGUUAUGUUCCCGAUUUAACUGGGUGUGUCCCUCCGUUGCGAGACACUUCAUUUUCAGACCCUGUGGAGACCACGCUCCCUGUGGCCAAAGAUAAGUUAAGUCAGCAGGUUUUGGAGUUGUUUCAAGCGUGUCAGCAACAGACCUGUGACUUGAACAGAAAAGAACUCUGCAGAACAGAACUCCAGAGGGAAAUUCAGCGAAUUUUUCCACAGAGCAGACUCUUUUUGGUUGGAUCCUCACUGAAUGGCUUUGGCACUCGUAGCAGUGAUGGUGAUCUGUGCCUCGUAGUUAAAGAAGAACCAGUGAAUCAGAAGACAGAAGCAAGACAUAUACUCAGCUUAGUCCAAAAACUCUUCAGUACUAAACUUUCAAGCUACAUUGAGCGACCUCAGCUGAUUCGAGCAAAAGUGCCAAUAGUGAAGUUCAGGGAUAAAGUCAGCUGUGUGGAGUUUGACUUGAAUGUAAAUAAUGUUGUAGGAAUAAGAAAUACAUUCCUUCUGAGAACCUAUGCAUACAUUGAGAAUCGAGUUCGUCCACUAGUACUGGUUGUGAAGAAAUGGGCAAGUUUUCAUGACAUAAAUGAUGCCAGUCGUGGUACUCUAAGCAGCUAUAGUCUUGUGCUGAUGGUUUUGCACUAUUUACAGACCCUACCUGAACCCAUCCUUCCAUCCCUCCAAAAAAAUUACCCAGACUCUUUUGAUCCUACUAUGCAGCUGCACCUUGUUCAUCAAGCCCCACGCACCAUUCCUCCUUACCUCUCAAAAAAUGCAUCAAGUCUCGGGGAUUUGCUACUAGGCUUCUUCAAAUAUUAUGCCACAGAAUUUGACUGGAGUCAUCAAAUGAUUUCAGUUCGUGAGGCCAAAGCUAUUCCAAGACCUGAUGGUAUUGAAUGGAGAAACAAAUAUAUUUGUGUGGAAGAGCCUUUUGAUGGGACAAACACAGCUAGAGCUGUACAUGAAAAACACAAGUUUGACAUUAUCAAAGAUGAAUUUAUGAAGUCUUGGCAGAUAUUACGAGACAAGAAAGACUUGCACUGUAUAUUACCUUUAAGAACAACUAUACAGAAAAGAUAACCGACUUCUAUCAUUUGCUCCUUAUUGGAUCCUGCUGAAAUAAAGAACAGUAUCAAAAUCAAGAUGCAGUUACCCUAUCGUUUUUUAUGACAUGUUUUUCUCUUUAAACUUUUGUUAAGAAAAUCUUUAUAUGAAAGAUUGCAUAUUUUAUUAUUGACAUUUGUUAAUACAGCUUCAAUACAAAAGUAUGUUCUCAGAAAAUGCUUGCAUUGUUGACUUCUAGAAGAGACUGAUGUGACUCAAAAAGCAGCCCACAGCAGCCCAAAACUAUUUUAAGGAAAGUAUUGGAAUAUAUUGACUUCUUGUUUCCAUAAUCUAUGUAAUCAUUAAUUCAGACACACUUAACCAUGAAAUAAAGGAAUUCAGAGCUAAGCAAUGUACGAGUCUGACUGUAAUCCUUAAGGCACUGCACACAGAACACACCUAAUGAACAUACAGCCUGGGCCUUCCAUCUGCUUAACUCAGUAUGCACUUUUGCUCAACCUUGCACCUUCCAAUUCCACUUCCCUCUUACGUGGAACGACAAGCAACAGUUUAUGAAGAUUAAACCAGAUUAUAUUUGACAACAUGCUGGAUACCAGGAACUGUAAUCUAAACUGGAAUUUUCAAGCAGCAGAUCUACUACAAAGAAGUUGAAAUAAAAAAUGACAAAUCAAUAUAUGUAAAUGUCAUAUUCACACAAAGUCGUCCAAAUACCUUUUAGUGCUUCCUUUAACGUAUUUGUAGUAGUAGUGAUGACUGCAGUCAAACACUCCUCCUGCUACAGGAAGCUGGGCUUUUGUUUUAAUUUUGUGUAAAUAUUUGUAAAUUGGUCAGCUACUGUAAAUUAAAUUAAAAUAAGGAAUCUUGACAAUUUUAGCUUUUCCAAAGUUGUGAAACUUCUUUUAGACCUGCUGUAGCACAGUUUGUGCCUCUCAUGUAUUUGUUAUUGAAGACCAAUUCAUUGUUAAAACUGUACUUACUGUCAAUUUUUUUUAAGUUUAAUAUUUUGUAUGGUGUUCCAUGGAAUAAAAUUUAUAUGGAAAAUACAACUCCUUUUUCUAGUUUGAUGUUAUUUGUAUUGGAUAUUUUAAAUAGUUGCUAUUUCUUAUAACUAUGUAGAAAAGAAAAUGCUAUGUAUAGGUCUUAGGUCCUUUUUUAAAAAUCAUAAACUUCUAUAGGUCUGUUUUGCACUGCAUGUGUGUACAGGUAAAUGUUUAAACCAGUACUGUUUCUAAGGAGAUUUUUAAAGUCCUUAUAACAAUGUAAAACGUGUGGUGAGUUUUUGGAGGUUUUGAGGUUUUUUUUUUUUUGUGUAGAUCUUAAAGUUUUUCUCCAGGGGUUUUGAAUUUAAAGUUUAGAAACUUUGAACUCUGCCUACUGUGAGGUUACUUGAUUGGGAUCUGGUCUGUCUAAUAAUUUUGCUUCCUUUUACAGUUUAAGCAGUUUCUUUGAUUUUAUUGAACUCUGGCAGUCCACAAAAACAUUCUCAUUCUGUAUCUCUGCUCUCCCUCACCAAC